AUGACCGUGUCCAACCUCGCCCAGCUCUCGGACGAGCUGAAGAAGACCGACUUUGACUCGAUCCCCGUCAUCGAUGCGACCGCACCCGAGUUCGAAAAGCGCAAAGCGCUCGCCGAAGAAAUCAGGAAGGCGUGUCUGACGGCUGGAUUCUUCUACGUGAAGAACCACGGUGUCCCCGAGUCCGUCGUCGAGAACACGUUCAAGGAGUCCUCUGCGUUCUUCAAGACGCCCGAUGCUGUCAAGAAGUCUGUCGCGAUCGCCAACUCGGACAACUUUAGGGGAUACAUGGGCUUGCUGUCUGAGAAUGUCUCGAGCGAGAACAAGGGCGACUACCACGAGGCGUUCAACCUCGGCUUGGACCCCGAGGUGUCCCCGGAGUCUUUCAAGAAGGAGGGAAACGAGGGUCUGAGGCACUCCGAGAACCAGUGGCCGGAGAAGAAGGACUGGGACGGCGCCGAGGAAUUCAAGGGCACCGUCCUUUCGUACUACAAGGAGCUCCUCGGCCUCGGCCAGCGCCUCUUCCCCCUGUUUGCGCUCGCGCUCGACCUCCCCGAGACCUUCUUCGACGACAAGACGCGCCACCCGGCCGCCAUCAUGCGGCUGCUCUUCUACCCCGGCCUGGACGGGCGCGAAGUCGACGAGCUCAUGCCAGGAAUCGGCGACCACACUGACUACGAAUGCUUUACGAUCCUGCGCCAGGACUCCUGCCCCCGCGCGCUGCAGGUCAAGUCGGCGUCUGGGUGGAUCGACGCCACCCCGAUUCCCAACACAUUCGUGAUCAACAUUGGUGACCAGUUUGCGCGCUGGACGAACGGCGUCUUCGUGUCGACGCGGCACCGCGUGCUCCCUACGCUGGAGCGGGACCGGUACUCAAUCCCCUUCUUCUUUGGGUGCGACCACGACGUGCUCAUGGAGCCCAUCCCGACUUGUGUGACGGAGGACAGGCCGAAUCGGUUCGAGGUUAUGAAGGCCGGCGAUUACGUCCACAUGCGCCUUAGUGAGACGUACUCUACCAAGUAG